GUUCUGACGCACUGCAGACAUGCUUAGGCUUCUGGUGUUGACAAGUCUCGCAGCCCUCGUGCUGGCUGAGCUGGAGCCCCAGCCCAGGUAUCUGGAGGACAGCUUAGAAAGAGUUGUGGGAGGUGAGGUGGCCAGACCCAACUCCUGGCCCUGGCAGAUCUCUCUUCAGUACCGAUCUGGCAGCAGGUACCACCACACAUGCGGAGGAACCCUGAUUGAGAGAGGCUGGGUUAUGACCGCUGCUCAUUGUGUGGACAGCAGUAGGACGUGGCGUGUCAUUCUCGGGGAACACGACCUCAACAGUAACAGCGGCAGUGAGCAGAUCAUGACUGUCAGCCAAGUUUACAUCCAUCCCGGAUGGAACUCCGGCAGCGUGUCUGCUGGGUUCGACAUUGCCCUGCUGCGCUUGUCUUCUUUGGCCACCCUGAACUCCUACGUGCAGCUGGGCUCUCUGCCUCCCACCGGACAGAUUCUGCCCCACAACAACCUCUGUUACAUCACCGGAUGGGGUCGCACUUCCACUGGCGGCAGCCUCUCCGCUCAGCUGAAGCAGGCCUACCUUCCUCUGGUCGACCACAAGACCUGCACCAGCAAUGGCUGGUGGGGCAGCACGGUCAAGGCCACCAUGGUGUGUGGUGGUGGCGGUGCAGAGGCUGGAUGCAAUGGUGACUCUGGUGGCCCUCUGAACUGCCUUGUCAAUGGCAGAUACUACGUCCACGGUAUUGCCAGCUUUGUGUCUGGUCUGGGAUGCAACGCGGUCAGGAAGCCCACCGUCUUCACCCGUGUCUCUGCUUACAUCAACUGGAUGGACUCGAUCAUGAAGUAAACAGAUGAGUCGGCCCUGUUGAAGCACUCAGACGGAACAUGCAUUCGACC